CACUCAUUCAAGUUCGGACUUCUCCACCAGACGAUCACUGAGAGUGAGUGAGCGUGUCCAUCAUGAAUGUUCUUAUGCCCUCCAUGCUAGGGGACAACCCAAACCUGAUGGCUGAGCCGGCGAUCCAGAUCUUCGAGCAGCCCAGGCAGCGUGGGAUGCGUUUCAGGUAUAAGUGUGAGGGUCGCUCAGCCGGCAGCAUCCCCGGAGAGAACUGCUCCGACAACAACAGGACCUACCCCAGCCUGCAGAUCCUUAAUUACUCCGGCAAAGGUAAAGUGCGCGUUUACUUGGUGACGAAAAACGAGCCGUAUCGGCCCCAUCCACAUGACCUGGUUGGGAAGGACUGCAAAGACGGAUUCUAUGAGGCCGAGUUUGGUCCUGACCGCAGAGUGAUUGUUUUCCAGAAUCUGGGCAUCCAGUGUGUGAGGAGGAGGGAAGUGAAGGAUGCGAUCGUACAGAGGAUUACCAGAGGGAUUAACCCCUACAACGUGCCACGGGAGCAGCUGCUGCAGACAGAGGAGUACGACCUGAACGUGGUUCGCCUUUGCAUCCAGGUUUUCCUGCAGGAUGAGAAUGGGCAUUACACCCGAUCGCUCAACCCCAUCGUCACCAACCCCAUCUACGACAACAGGGCCCCAAAUACAGCAGAGCUGAGGAUCUGUCGAGUCAACAGGAACAGUGGCACUGUUAAAGGAGGAGAUGAGAUCUUCUUACUGUGUGACAAAGUACAGAAAGAUGACAUUGAAGUUCGAUUCUUCACCCCUGACGGCUGGGAGGCUAAAGGCUCCUUCUCCCAGGCUGACGUUCAUCGCCAGGUAGCCAUCGUCUUCAAGACUCCUUCCUACUAUAACACCUCCAUAACAGAGUCGGUCACUGUGCACAUGCAGUUACGAAGACCUUCUGAUCAGGAAGUCAGCGAGCAUAUGGAGUUCAGAUAUUUGCCUGAUGACAAAGACCCUUACGGCUACAAUGAGAAAAAGCGCAGAAGAGAGCACUUGAUGAAGAUAUCAGGAUUGUCAGGUGGUCCUUUUUCUGGUCUGGCUUUGAACAGGCCAAAGGCAGUGUCACAGACUACCAUGAGUCAAAUGCGGAAAGACCCAAACAUGUACCUAAGGGAACACCCUGUAGCUACGAUGCAGCAGCAACCUCCUAUGUUCAACCAACCUUACCAACCAGGGCCCCAGAAUGUGAUAAUGCCAUCACAGGCGCCUAAUUUACACAUCGGCCAAUCGUGGGCAAACCACAGCGCAGCACUCUCAAUGGACACAGUCACCAUAAACCCAUCUGGUGCCAUGAGCAAUCUGCAACGUCCUACAACCAUCAGGCAACAGCAGCCAAACCAUGGAUCUAGUUACUCCCACAGAAUGGAGCACAACAGCUGUGAGAAUAACGCCCUACCCCAGCUCUCCAUAAGGGACUUGCAGUGCUUGGAUACAGCCCCCCAGUCCUCUGUAAUGAGCCAGUCCGAGUCCCAGCCACUCUUCCAUCUGCAGCACCAAAGGGAUCAGCAAGCAUCUGAGAGCCAGGCCCAGAACCAACUAAGCAACCAAAACCAGGGUCUCCAGACUGUGUGGCCCACCUUCAAUAACAUCAAUGUAGUCCAGAGUACAUUUAAUGGGUCAGUACCUGGAGGUGGCGGGGGGUCGCAAGGGCUUGGCUCUUUCCCCUUCCUCGACGGAAUGCAAGGGGAAGAUUUGCUGAAGGGCUUAGUGGGAGGAACUUCUCAUACUGGCUUCCAGCUGAAGCAGGAGCCCCAGAUGCCAGUGGGACAAGACACCCAUACCUCGCUCAUGCAAUCCCCAAGGGAAAGCCAAGGAAAUACAUAUACCAACUUGCUUCCUCGUCCCAUGAACAAUGGCUCGAUUAUGGAUCCAGUGAUACACGAUGGUAGUGGCAAUAGCCAGGCUUUCAAAAAUCUGCAGAGUCCUUACUCAAACAGCAUUGCCCCAGAGAGCCACUAUCCAACUUUGGCUGACUGGAUCAAAGCAACCCAGCAAAGCGACUAGAAGCAGUGACACAUGUUGGUCUUGUUUUAUCUUAUAAAACAGAAAGUUUGCUCUCUCCCAUUUUGCUUGGGUUAUUGCAUCUGUGGGCAUGAUACCAAAAUUAUUGGCAGGCAGUUAGAUACAUAACCAACAAUUGUUUUGUUGUUUCUUGGUGGCACAACUGAAUAACGUCUAUUUUCCUUUUAGGCAAAAACAUCACAGUCAUUGGUCUUUGCUUCCAAUUCUAAAUCUGUAGUGACACAUUUGUUCCUAAAUUUAUCAACCAGAAUUUGGUGUUUUGGUCAAAUUUAAGGCCAUGCAGCUCCAGAGACCUCAUUUUAUAUCAAGGACACUUCACAUCAAGGCCAUUUCAUGAUCGGUGUUAAGUGUGGUUCUGAUAUGGUUCUACCCCGACUGUGUUGUUGUGCACCAUGCACUCCCCUAAAUUCACUUAUUGGUUUGGCAUCCAUCAGGUGGUGUCCUCCAAAUUACUCAAUAAAACAAAGCUCACCACUAUCACCCGCAGGCAAAGACCUGUACGUGGCUGACCUGUGGCUAAGGCUGUAAAGAUGACAAUGAUCGCAUCAAAUGAUACGUUGAUGGUUUCCAGGCCAGCUCAGUUUUUGAAGAGGUGAAUGAACUUCUUUCUUUCUUUCUUUCUUUCUUCCUUCCUUCCUUCGUCUUUCUCAGGUGAAGUUGGAUUCACUGUCAACAUACUGUAUAUAAAUGAAUGUUUUGUUUGGUGUUUGAUGCUGAAAAAAAACAAGGGUAAGUGAAUGUUAGGGAUUUUGAAAACACAGCAUAAAAAAGGCUUAUCAUCAUGGGUUUACUUGUUCAUGCUUUUUAAGAGAUUUAUACAUAUUAUAUGUGUCAGUAAAGAUGUGCAACUGUUUUAUUGACAGCAAACUCUUUAACAGAGUGUUUGCUGUUAAAUGCUCUCUGUAUAUACAUGUUAGCCAUAGUUGAGGGUGAAAGCAGUAACUAUGCUGAAACACUCAAGAAGUGGCAAGGUACUGAAAUUUCCAUUGAGGAAGUGGGAGGAAGCCCAUUCAGUGGUGUCUUUCCUUUGUAAUGACUAUGUCAUACCAGUGAUCACAUGUAUUAUCCAGAGUUCUCAGAGCAUUUCUACCAGAUGUUUUAUAGGUAAACAUUUUUUUGUUAUUGUUGUAAAUGUUCAACUGAUGCUCUUAGGGACAGUUACACAGAGCGCUUUGAGAGCUUGGCGGUAGCCUGCAGAUCCACUCUGUUACCAUCAGCCCAUCUCAACCUUCACAUUUUCUGACUUGUAUUCCUUCCAGAAGCUUUUGGAUAUUAUUGUGUUGACAGCUUUGUAAGUUUUGCUUUUUUUGUUGUUUGUUUUUUGUACUGAAUCUUUUCUGAAUAAAUGAUAUC